UCCGCGAAUUCCCGCAAGAGGGCUCUUAGAUCAAUCAGCUGUGCAAUAUUCGUCGUUGUUUCAUAAUUUAAUAAUUUAUUUUCUUAUCAAUCUCGUGGUGAAAAGUUAUCAAAACAAGCUGAAAAAAAUCUCGAAGUGUGUGAAAAUGUUGCGACAACCUUCCAAAUUAAACGUGUUUGCCAGGUGUAAACAUACAACGAGUAGCAGCAUAGAGCAGAUCCGGGAGCGCCUGGCUGCAGGACCGACUUUCCAGGACUUUGUACAGAACCCCACACAUACACGAAGCGAAUGGGAGGAUUAUGAAGGGAAGCUGCGAAGGGAGAAGAAUGAAACGGAACGCCUGCGGUUGCCGCCGUGGUUGAAGACAACAAUCCCCUCGGGGGCGAAUUUCAGCAAGAUCAAGGCACAGCUGCGGGAAUUGAAGCUCGCCACGGUGUGCGAGGAAGCACGUUGUCCCAAUAUUGGAGAAUGUUGGGGUGGUGGAGAGCAUGGGACGCAAACUGCAACGAUUAUGCUCAUGGGGGACACAUGUACGCGAGGAUGUCGCUUUUGUUCGGUUAAAACAGCCCGAAAUCCACCCCCGCUCGAUCCGGGAGAACCCGAAAAAACCGCCAAAGCCAUCGCCAGUUGGGGAUUAGACUACAUUGUUCUCACAUCCGUUGACAGGGAUGAUCUCCCGGACGGUGGAGCCACACACAUUGCUACAACAGUCAAGGAGAUUAAGAAGCGCAACGGAAAUAUCUUCGUUGAGUGCCUCGUUCCGGACUUCCGGGGUAAUUCAGACUCUGUGCGCGUUAUUGCAAAUUCCGGCCUUGACGUGUAUGCCCACAACAUUGAGACAGUGGAAGCACUAACGCCCUUUGUGCGAGAUCGCCGUGCAAACUACCGGCAAACCCUCAAGGUUCUCAAGGAAGCCAAGGAAGUGAAUCCCAAUCUCGUGACAAAGUCCUCAAUUAUGCUGGGUCUCGGUGAGACUGAUGAGCAAAUUGAGCAAACACUGAAGGACCUCCGGGAGGCAGGAGUGGACUGUCUCACCCUGGGGCAGUACAUGCAGCCCACGAAAAGGCAUCUCAAGGUCAAUGAGUACGUUACACCGGCUAAAUUCAAAAUGUGGGAGGAGAAAGGAGCCCAAUUGGGUUUCCUCUACACUGCAAGUGGUCCCCUGGUGCGGAGUUCGUACAAAGCUGGGGAAUUCUUCAUUACCAGCAUCCUCAGAGGACGCCGCGAAAAGUCUGCAUGCACGACAGAACAAUGAUGAGCUUUUCCAUGGAGAAUUAUUGUAAAUUUACUUUAGUGCAAGAAAAUCUCGAAAGAGGGAGUAAGGAAGAAAUAAAGUGAAGAAUCAAGCCCUUGCUCCUGUGCUGGUCACAAACAAAUGUCCGGAAGAUUCCUUUCUCUCCUCUUUCAGUUUUUUUUGUUAUGAAAUUUAUUUUGUUUGUUUGUUCAAAAGAACUUUGCACCGAAGCUCCACAUGGAAAAGCAAAAUUGUACAAAAAUAAAUUCAACCAAUAAAAGUUCAGCUCUAGUUUAUCAACCAAUCAGAGAGA